UAAAAGGUCACAUGUGCAUGAUUGGUCAAUGGGCAGGAUUCCUCGCAACUGGCUACUGAUGUUGGUGCUGCAAUUGAAGUAUAGGAGACAGGAUAAUUGUAUGGCGGAUUCGUACUAGGACUAUAUCAGGAUGAACGAAUUUAAAUUUUCAAUGCAGAUUCAACGCUGCACCCGAGAAAUGAGCAUCAGACUCGCAUUGCAAACGCUUUUGGUUGUGUCCUCAUUAUGCAUUCCUACGACCUCUGGGUUAAUGACCCCUGGUAUGAUUCGAAGGAUGGUUACGGCUGGUCUACCUCCUCUUCAACCUCAAAUCCUGGGUGAAGUAUCCACAACAUGCAAAGCUGAUCUUGCUGCAGUUAUAUUAACAGAGACAGAUGAACUUCAGCUAGUUGUUGAUGCCAUUGGUAAACCUCAGUCAGGUCUUAUGCAUGGUAAUCUUGCUUGGCUGGGCCAUUUUGAUGAAUGCAAUAGUAUUCCUGAUUUCAACUACUGCCUAUCAACCUUACAGAUCCAACUGCCUGCUAAUGCUACCAAUAUACCCAAUGCAUAUGGAGCAUCAAAUUUAAUGUGGGGACUGUGUGUACCUGAAUCAUGCUCGGAUUCAGAUAUAGUAUUCUCUCUUCAAGACUUUAUAGAGUUGGUUGAAGCUCCUUUCAACAUAUCUGCUGUGAAUGCAUCAUCUGUCGUCUGUGCGCAAAAGCCGCCUAUACCAUACAACAAUACAGGAUUCAUAGUUGUUAUGUCAUUUCUUGCGGUUGUUGUUGCCCUUAUGCUGCUUGGUGCAUUCCUUGACAAGACACUGCGUUCUAUUGACUACAAGCCACCACCUGCCAACCUUCCCCCCACCCCUCAGCAAUCCAUCAACAGGUACAUCAGAGUGGUAGACGCAUACCCCUACCAAAGGAUGAGAGACGUCGGUAACGAUACGCAGCAGGUGGAGCCAGAGCAGCAAGAGGGGCAGCGAGAGACAGAGGAGGUACCCACUGCCUGUACCAAAUUCUGGCAUCAGUUUGUGCUUUCAUUCGCUGUCAACCGCAACUUGGCCAAGCUGCUUAGUGCUAGGAAAACAGAGGGCAGUAUAUCAUGCCUAAAUGGAAUUCGGGUCAUCAGUAUGACCUGGGUCAUUAUGGGUCAUGUGAUGUCCUUUGUCCAAGGAACUGGUAUAGUAGCUAACCCUCUUUUUGCCUUUGGAUUCCUCAGCCAUUUUGGCUUUCAAGCCAUCUCCAAUGCAUUCUUCUCUGUUGACUCAUUCUUCUUCCUCAGUGGACUACUGGUGGCAUACAUGGCCCUUGGGAGGAUGGUGAAGACAAAUGGAAAACUUCCCUGGCUAUGGUUUUAUUUCCAUAGAUACUGGAGGUUGACUCCUGCAUUGGGUAUGACGAUGCUGAUCUCUCUUUAUAUAAAGCCUUAUUUAGGAAGCAGUCCGAUUUGGUAUGUCCAGACGAAAGAUGUUGCCUGUGAGAAAUACUGGUGGGCCAAUCUCCUCUACGUCAAUAACUUGGUUCAAAAUGCCGGACAGUGUAUCGGAUGGGUUUGGUAUCUUGCUAACGACAUGCAGUUCUUCGUGAUAAGCCCUCCCCUACUGAUUAUGCUUUACAAGGUUCCGAUAGCCGGAAUUUUGAGCAUUGGAGUAAUGUGCCUUGCAAGUUUCAUCUCCACAGGUGUUCUGAUGGCCAAAUACAACUUCUCUGCUGUGCUCAUGGAUGCAGCAAAUCCGCAUCAGGAUCCAAACAAUUCUUUUAUGGAAGUGAUCUAUGACAAGCCCUACUGCCGCAUUGCCCCUUAUCUUGUUGGCAUGGUGAUGGGAUAUUUUCUCCAUCUAUAUAAGAAUAAACCCUUCAAAUUGCACCCUAUCGUUGCCGUGAUAGGAUGGCUCAUUGCUGCCGCAAUUGGCAUGACGUUGGUGUAUGGCUUAUACCCUUCCUAUCAUGGUCAUGUGAUGAGUACUGCUGAAAGUGCUGCGUACAUGGCUCUGUGUCGGUUCGUCUGGGCUGUGUGUCUCUCCUGGGUUGUGUUUGCAUGUCAUUAUGGUUAUGGAGGUUGGAUCAAUGACUUCUUGAGCUGGGAACUCUGGAUUCCGAUGAGCCGCUUGACUUACUCUGCCUAUCUCCUUCAUCCCAUCAUCAUCUCUAUUUACAAUUUCAAUUUUAGCAACAACUACUUCUACUCCAUCUAUAUGCUGGCAUUUGAGAUCACCUCCAUAGUAACGAUGGCCUACCUUGCAGCGAUUCUCUUAGCAGUAACCAUUGAAUUUCCUCUUGGCAACCUGGAAAAGUUCUUUAUGCCUCUGGCAGAAAAGAAGACAAAGUGAUCUGGCGCCCUCUUGUGCUUCUUCAAACUCUGCCAUCAAGGGAUGAUAUCUAGGGUUUGAAAGAGAACAGGCAUUUGUUAAAACUGCCAAUAAAUACUUAUAAAGGAGGACAAAAUUAAAGGUUUUUCCUUCAAUCAAAUUUCAGAACAAAUUCAACAAAUAAUUCUGCUUUCUUACUUUCAGCACAAGAAAAUUUACUGUGAACACUGGCAUACAUGUAUGUAUAUGAUUUUAUUACAGAACCAAAUCUUUUAGAAAUGAAUGGCUUCAUGACAGUUGUCCCCCCCCCCCCACUUAUGUGACAAAUGCUUCAAUGGAAAACUCAAAAUCUGACCCAAUACCCAAUCCUAAUCAUCAAACCACAAACUAUUUUGGGCUAUAAUUGGACCUCCCCAGAUAUAAUUCCUGAUAGAUUAAGCCACCUGAGCACCCCCCCUUCCUUCCUAGAAACCCCCAUUUGGGAGGGGAGGGGAUUUCCUAAAACCACCCAGAAAUAGAUGUGCCUAACUAAACAUACAGUAUGAAAGUCUUGGGUUUGAUUCCAUACCUUGCCCAACCUUUCACUUUUAAAAGCAAGACAUCCUACAGCUUGUUUAUGAACUGUU